AGUUCCUGUGGGCUCUUUUGUGUCAUCCUUGUAAUGCAAAUCUAGCCUCUGCACUGGCCAGAUUCAACUUCUAAAGGGCUCUGAACGGAUGCUUCUGGAAGAAGGCCUCUCUGAGACCGAGAACAUCAUGCUGAGAGCUAAGAGAACUUGUCCCUCAUUCCGCGGGCAUCUUACCCUAUUUACUGGAUUUGACAUUGUACUGUAAACUCAACACUUGGGGAACUGAGGCUAAAGGACUUCCGUGUGUGCAAGGCCAGCAAGUUUCUGGUGGUGGGCGGGGUUAAAGUCCUGUAAGUGAAACUCAGAGUCCUAAAGAUGGCAUCUUUCUCCUGGAAGUGUGGGAGGAAGGCCCGAGGGCAUGGAAAGGCAGAAAUUGAAAUUGGGAAGCACGUUUGAGGAGUUGGGAGUGCACCCCUUGCAUGUGUUUUGGUGGAAGGAAGAAAGGCUGUAGUGGGAUGCAUAUCGACAGUCUCUGGCACAAGGGCUGGAGAUCCAGAGCCCUAAACCGUGAACUUGAGCCCCAAACUUGAAGGGUUGGUCCAUCAGAGGAUUACUCUGUCAGGGUCGGUCAUGGCAUGGAAGGGCACUCUCUUCCUAACCGAUCUUCCUGCCUUCUAAGCAUGGGCCUUGACCUAGGGCUUGGCCGCUCCCAGCAUGCAGUGCCCCCACCCCUCAGCCGGGACGGGAGGCAGGCGGAGGCUUUUUGCGGGGGCUGUGCUGGGUGGGCAGUUUUCCCAGAGCAAGGAGUGAAGUAGGACUGAGUUGGCGCCAGCUCCUUCAGAUACAGACAUUGCUGGCUGGAUGGCCACCCUGUCAGGGCGAGCUUGAGCCCAAGGCUCCCUCGGGUACUGUGUCCCUGCUUUAGGGCCUACCGCUCCAUACCUCAGGAUAGCGGCAUGUCACGGGAGGCCACAGAGGCACCAGCAAUGCCGGAAGCAGGGCGUAAUAAGCCCAAGGCACGGUUGCUUCUGGGCACUGACAGGAAGAGGAGCCGCCUCAACAGGACAAGGCAGGACCUGUGGGACGACACUAGCUGGAGCAAUCACAGAUUGAGCAGAGUCACCUCUGCCCCUCGAAGGACCAGAGCUAGGGGGACAGCUCAUGGCAGGAGUGAGGCCAGCCCGGAGAACGCAGCACGGGAACGGACUCGGGUGAAGACACUGCGUCAGGCCUUUCUGGCGCUGCAGGCUGCUCUGCCUGCAGUACCACCUGACACCAAGCUUUCCAAGUUGGAUGUGCUAGUGCUGGCCACAAGCUACAUCGCCCACCUCACCCGAACCCUCGGCCAUGAGUUGCCUGGUCCUGCCUGGCCUCCCUUCCUGCGUGGGCUCCGUUACUUGCACCCUCUUAAGAAGUGGCCCAUGCGAUCUCGUCUCUAUGCAGGAGGCUUGGGAUGCUCUGGCCCGGAGUCCACCACAGCCGAUUCCACCACAACCAUCGCUACUGACCACAGAAGCAGGGAUGCACAGCUGGGGUCUCAGGUCUCCGUAGCCACAGAUAGCCUCCUUGCCUCUCCAGUCUCUCCAGCCCUUGGUAACGAAUGACCACCACCACUCAUCCUGCUCUCUUAGACUGCGACUCCGCUUAAGGACCUGGAUUUUCUGCCCGCUCUGCCUGUCUUCCCCUUGACUCAGCCUUUGGGUUUGACUCAGGCUCAAGUUUCAAGUUCAGGGUUGGCUUCCGGUAGGCAGAAGAAGCAGCAGUAAAGACAUCAGUGGUAGAGAGUUCCGAGGAGACCCAGGAUGGAGUUCACGCUUGGCUCUUCUACGGUACUGACGGACGGGAAGUGAAAGAGAAACCGUGUUUGACGUGGUUCAAAGUCAAGUUAGGGCAUCACAUCCCCUCCCCUAGGGCUCUUCAAGAAGAACACAAGAAGACAGAAAUGGCUGUGCCGGUACAGCAUGGGGCUAGGACCACAGUAGCCCUGGGUGCUCAUGGGCAUACCAGGGGGCCUGAAGGGCUUUUGGUAGCAGUAAGUAUGAACAUGUCUGGGGUCAGGUCACAAAGCCAGAGAGGAAGCUGGAGAAUGGAGUGUGGUUUUUUUCUUUAAUUUCCCUACAAGAUGUUUAUCCAACAUCAAAGAGGCGUAGGCGAGAUCAGGGUACUUCUCCCUGGAAUACCAUCUCACCAGUGGGCCCUCAUCACCUCCUUCCUGCACCAGGGCCCUGCAGCCCUUUCACGUCUUCCCAGCAGAUGAAGCCCCAGACUUAGAUGGCUCACAAGCCAGGGACAUUUAGCUAGUCCCAGCUAUCUAGGGCCAGAUCAUCUUAUCCCACAGUCAGCUCUGCCUUCACUCAACGAAGCAGCCACUCACAGCCCUGCCUGCAGAGGACCGCAAUCUCCCCAGCUUUAUCUCCUCCAAGGGCCUGAGACAGAGCGAGAGCAUCUCUCCCGUGGCAUAGUAAGCAGUGUUCUCUCUCUGGUGUGUUAGAAACCUCAUCUCAAGGACGUGUAAAACAAGGUGGACUUCAGCGUGGUUCCUGCACUGUCAGCGAUGGGGGCUUUACUGGUUUUGGUAUAAUCUGAACAUUUCUAAAGGUCAACUCCCAGGCCUGCUUCUCCCCACAGGCAGUGACGUCCCAGGCUUGCCCCAGAUCCUGGUACAAGGUGCCCAAAGUUUCCUAGAGCUUUAGCGACACUCGUCCUUGGCCCUGAAGAAAUAACUGGAGACAAAGCUUACACUAAGGUGAGCUUCCCAAGCCAGGUCCAGUUUCAGGUUGGCCCCUGGGUCUUAACAUAGGAGGAACUGCCUUCCUCUCAAAUUUCAGCAACUGAGGCCAACUAGAGUCCCAGCAGGGUGCUCAUGAGUUGAGUGGACAGGCUGGGAGGGAUUGGCAUCCAGGAAAAGGAGAUGGUGGGGUGACUCAGCAAGCUGGGGUGGAGAUAGAAGGAAGACACAGAACGUCCCAGCCUCAGCUGCAUGUGCUGUGGGGAAGCAGCUGGGCUGUGGCUGAGAGCCAUGGCGGACGGCCCCAGCCAAGGCCAAACCCAUAAAUCUGCCUGGUCCCACAUUUCUCCUGGGGGACCCAGAGAACUUGUGCAGGGCUGGUCCAGCAGCUGGACGGGGCCAAGCAGGGGCAGAGACCAGGUGUGGGAGGGCAGGAGCAGUCUUCUUCACACGACCAUAAAAGUCCAGCCUGGGUGUUCUAUUUUUAAAACCAAAUCAACAGCAGCGUCCCCCCGCCCUCCGUGGAGUUGAAGGGUGGUAAAAAGGAGUGUACAUGAUUUCUUCCCAGUCAGUGAUAUACGAUCUGUCUCUGGGCAGGCUGGGGACUGGCUUUGGGUACAAGCUACGAGUCCCCUCAUAGACUAAAGCAUCUCCCAGUGAUUGAGUAGAGUCUGAUGGAGCUUGAAGUGUCCACCCUGUCUAGACUCAAGCUUUUGCCUCAUUUGGCAAACCCUUCACGGCUGACCACAUAACACCGCCCUAAUGGAGAAUCUGAGGAGGGAAAAAGAAGAUGAAGUUGGUAGAGGGUCAGGUAAAGAAGAACAAGUCCCACCAGGAGGAGUAUCUUGUUUUGGUUUGGUUUGGUUUGGUUUUUUGACAUGACUUUCUGUGUAGGCCAGGCUGGCUUUGAACUUGAAAUCCUUCUGCCUUAGCAAGGGUUAUGGGCUCACAGGCCUUUACCACUCUGCCCAAUCAGGACAAAUUUCUAAAUCUGUUGCCAGAGAAUCUGUUUUUCCCACUGACCAGGCCUGGCACUGUCAAGCUGAGGUUACCUGACUGUGGGGAGGGGAACCAAAGGAAGACCCAGGGCAUGACUGGAACCUCACUCUCCCUGCCCAGCACAAUGCUUCCCUUGAGAAAUACCACACUGGAGAUGCUGGAGACGCUGGAGAUGAGGGUCUGUAAGCCAAGCCCACCCAGGAACGACCCCUUUUGUUUCCACAGCAGAGAAAGAAAAGCAUCUGCUGACUGGGAGAUCUAUGCUCACCCGCGCUAGGGGCAAAGUGGUAGGAGCGUUUGGAGGCAGUAGAAGGAGCCGAACUCUGUCUCCAACAACAGCUCCUGUUCCCUAGGACGGGCACGUACAGGGGAGAGUAUGCAAAAGUUAAGGUGCAUGGAUGGACGGUGGUGUGCGGGUGCCCUGGCCCGGGAGUCGGAGGGAUGGCUGCACCCUGUGAACCUAGUCCAGUUUUCUUUCAGUCCCUCUCAAGGUGAGGUGCAGGUAGAGAGGAAGACUUCCCUGUUGCCUCCCUCCACUCAUCUGGCUGUGCUGCAAGAGAUCAGUACUGAGGCUUACAUGGAGCCCCGGGAGGGCUCGUCCAGCACAGCGAAGGAGUUCCCCUUUGGAGACUGUGGGAACAGACAAUGGCUAAUCUUGACUGUCAACUUCUUUGGACUGAGAGGUGACGAGGGGGUUAGUAAAGUGGACCUUUGUGUAUGAGGACUUUUACCUCCUGAAUAGCUUAGUCCAUGGAUGGAUUCAAAAUAGGCUAUUGAUAAGCUGGGUGUGGUGCUAUAUGCCCUUAAUCCCAACAUUCAGAAGGCAGAGGCAGGAGGAUCUUUGUGAGUUGAAGACCAGCCAGGCCAACCUAGUGGGUCUCAGUGGAAUUGUGGACAGGCUGGAGGGAGGGGGCUGGGGCCACGUGCUUGAGGCUGUGUAUUGUCCCUGACUCUUUCCGUGUAACUGCCGCACUGCUGCCCCAUCUGCCUCGAGAAAAAAGAUGUCCCUUCCACAUACUCCCGAUACCAUGAUGUUCUGCCCCUAACCAUGACACCAAAAAGCCUGUGGACUGAGCUCUCUGAGACUUUGGACCAAAAUAAAUCUUUCCUACUCGACAUUGUCUCUAUCCAGAAUUUGGUUACAGCGGUGUGGACUCUAAUAAAAA